AGGACGUCGUCGCACGACAGUGAAACGACGACGAGCUGGCGGGCACGGCGGACCACAGUGUCACUGUCGUGUUCGACACGAUGGUCCCCAGACGGUGCCUGAAGGGGCACUUGGUCGACCGUCGAACGGCAGACGACAAUGUCGCUGUCGUGUCGAACACGACGGUCAGCUCCCCUUCAGGCACCGUUUGGCGACCAUCGUGUCGAACACGACAUGGACACUGUGGUCUGGCGACCAGACGGUGCAUGAAGGGGCGCUUGGUCGACUGUCGCACGGUAGACAACAGUGUAGCUGUCGUGUCCAACACGACGGUUGGACAGCCCGCGCAGUACCGAGCUCGACGUCGAGCACAACGACGAGUUGGUCGGUCGUCAGGUUCGACACGACGACACCGCAAUGUCGCUAUCGUGUCGAAUUCGACGGCACUGGAGGACGUCGUGGCACGGCCGUCGAGUUCGACACGACAUCGAGAAGAGGAGGCUACUGGUCGGCAGGGGAAAUCUACGAUGGACGUUGUGUCCAGGCGUAGAAGGUCUGGUGAGACGUCCGUUGCAGGUGUGGGAGACGAGGUUCCUGUCGUCGACCACAAAGACAGGUGCUGGAUGUUGGACUGGGUGGGUGGAAUCGGGGAACCCUCGGGUGGGCUGGUUUUGUACGUGGUGAUCAAAGAUAACAUUGUUCCGAUUGGCGGUGUGGUGAAGUGGAGUGGAGGAAAUUCACAGUUCGCCAUGUUGGAGUUCACGAUGGUCCUUAAUGCUAGAGGUGAGCGGAUGGCGAAUGUCAAACGCGUUGCUCUUCGUUGGGCCAAACAUGCUGGGUACGGCAAGAAGCUUUAUGACAUUUUCAAUCCGCCCGGGACGGAGAAAUUGACGUUGCCGGACCUUCGAGCGGUUUUCACAUUCUUCGACAAAAAUGUGGUCGCAGGGCAUGAGCCGGUGGUGCAUGCUUCCGACCGCAUAUCUGAACUGAAAAGCGUGCUUUCGUCGUCUUUAGAGGCGGCUCCGUCGUCGAAACCAAUCAUUAUAGGUGCCCGCCCACCGCCAUCGCUUUGGACUACGGUUGCUGCAACACGAGUUCCGAAAUCAGGGCAGAUCGGGGAGAAAGGGCAAGAAGAGGAAACGACCGGCGAGGGAGGGUAUGCAGAUGUGCAUUGGGGUUCCAAACGAACGCAGCUGCUCGCGUCGGGUCAUGGGCAUUGGGAAGCGGAUCCAGGGCGCGGGGAAAUGCACCGUGAAGUUGGGGUCGAGCCGGUGCAUGCCGAUGCAGUCCGACUAGCUGAGAAGAAAAGGAAGAUCAGGCAAGAGAGGAGAAGUACUUUGGACUGUAAGAAAACCAAGCAGGAAGGGGGAGCCAAGCAAGAGGAAGGCAAACACAAGUUGAAAAUGCUGGCAGUUGAGGAGGUCGUCCAACGUACCCGGGAGGCUGAGGAGGCCAUGAAGAAAAAACGGCAGCCAAGGAAAAAAGCAGCGAAGGGAAGUGUGAUGGAAAAAACUUCCGUUUUUCCACUGGACCAGUCACAGUCGGAUGAAGACGCUAUGGGCAAGACAGUCACCAGACCGCCCGGUUUGCAGAUUCUGCCGCCUGGGAAUUCUUCUGGUCAUCUGAGCAAAGGCUUCUUCCUUGAGUUUGACGAGAAUGGUAACCAGAGACCGGAAAUGCAGUUCAUUACUGUCAAGUUGGACAGGAUUCUGGAUAUCCCUGACGAGGAAUUCAUAUAUAAUCAACGCUUCCUCGAUCAAAAGUUUAUUGAUGACCUUUACAAAACAAUGAUUGAGUCGGGUGAGGCAGCUAUCAGAGAGAGAACGACCGGGGCAGCCGGGGUGAAUGUAUGUGCAUUGUACGAGAAGCCUGUCCUUUUGUUGAUUGGGCUAUAUGAUACAAUGCAUACUGACGCUUCCGGCACGAAUGUGAGGGCGAGAAGAGUAACGCCUGACGAAUUCGAUCUCCAAUCCGUGCGCAAGUACUACUGGUAUCCUCUCAGUGGUCAACACAAUGUUGCGGCGGUGAGGAAAUGUUCUCAAGAACGCCCUGACAUCGCCCGUGAGCUCCGUUUGGAUUUCUGGACUGCAAGGUCUCUUUACUAUCCGGAUAGGAGCAUGGAGAAUUACUGCACCUUGAGCACUUUCCAAAAUGCGAAGGACAAAUGGAAUACUCCUCCACACCAGAUUGCUAUCAUUAAGAACGUACGAAAGUUGUGGCAAGCAGUCGGUCGUCCAAAAGCUAUAAGCGGAUCUGCUGCAGACGUCAAAAAUAAGGAUUACAGAGAGUUUGCAGCGAUGGCUCUGCGAGCGACCGGGAGUGAUCAUUUGGUUACUCUUUCACUUCAGGCUUGGAGCAAGGAGUGGUCCGACUUCCUCGGGCCUUACAUGGUAUUGACAAGGGCGACGGACGAUGUGUUCGACAAGGUGCAACAAGUGUAUUCUCCUUGGGAGAAUGGACAGUUGUCGGGGAGAAAUGGUGUGAAGCCUGCCACCAAAUAAGGUGAAUCGGGGAAAACAUCGAGACCUAGCCCCGGA